ACCUUCGCGGUGCCCCUCAGUUGCGGGAGGCUGGAAGUGCACGCAUCUGGCCCCCGGCGUUCUGAAGGCGCCCCUAAACCCGCCUUAUUGAGCCUUCUGCGCCCUCAAUAAUAAUCCGAGCAGGCGCCUGCCGAUGACAUCUGCGAUAAUUGCUUCAUUUGUUUGUCAGACGCCGAGGUCAGGAAACCGGCGGUUGUACAGCACAACCCAACUGCAGUCGGUUCUUUAUCACGCCUACUUCUUCCACUGCACAGUAAUACAUCCGCUUGUCUACGAUCACUUUCAUCUACCACCUCCCUCGGACCCCAGGGCCAUUGAUCACCUACCUAGUAUCGCUUCCUCCGCCUUCUUCUACCUUCUACUCGCGCAAGUGUGUUAGUGUCGAUCAGCAGGCCAACCUCGAACCUCAAUCCCGUCUUCGUCGGAGCACCGCCACAACCUACCAUCGACCCUGUCUUUUGUCCUCUCCCUAAUUUAUCGCAAUUUGGAAAAUCCCAAAAACUACUUCUGAACGACACCGCUAAGAUGGCUGAUGCUUCAGGCACAGAAGAUGCCACCGUUACCUUCCAUGUCAAAUCGUCCGGCGGGCAGAAGUACACACUAACUUUGCCUCUUUCGACAACUGCAAUAGACUUGAAGAACAAGCUUGCAUCCGAAGAAUACGCAAAUGUUCCUGCAUCAGCCCAACGGUUGAUUUACAGCGGCAAAGUCCUGAAAGAUAACGACACGCUUGCUCAGCACAAUGUGAAAGAAGGCAACACCAUGCACCUUGUCAAGAGUGCCGCAAGUAAUCAAAGACAGAACCCUGCAGCGCAAUCUUCUACCUCUACCUCCUCCCCUGCCGCCGCACCGCAAGCAGCUGGUGUCCCUCAAAAUCUGGCCGCGGGCACUGGAAAUGAUCCUUUGGCCGGUCUGACUGGUGCUCGAUAUGCCGGCUUCGCCCAACUCCCAAGUGCCAGCAUGUUUCAGACACCCCAGAGUCCGGACGAUUUCGUUCGUCAAUUAGAGGACCCCAACUUCCAGCAGAUGAUGCGAGAGGCCAUGAACAACCCUCAAGUCGUGGAUAUGAUGAUAAACCAGAGCCCUCAUCUCAGAGCAAUGGGCCCGCAAGCUAGACAAAUACUGCAAUCCGACUAUUUCCGGCGUGUCAUGACCGACCCUCAGGCAAUGAGAUCGAUCAUGCAGAUGCAACAAGCCAUGGGAAUGGGACCUUUCGGCGCUGGCGGACAGGAGGCUUUCCCAGCACCAGGCGUCAUCAACACCACCGAAACACCAGGCGCUGGAGGCGACUCGAACGCUCAAACAGGGCAGCAACAGCAGCAACAACAGCACCAAGCUCCGAUAAACCCGUUUGCUGCUUUCGGCGGUGGAGGUGGUUUGGGUGCGAACCCCUUUGCGAGUUUAUUCAUGCCGCCGUUUCCCAACCCCAGCCAGCCCACGACUACAACAAACGCGCAGAACAACAGUUCUUCGCAGGGUGAUAACGCAACGCCUAGUGCACAGAAUCAACAGCAGGAGCAGCAGCAGCCGCUGAAUCCUUUUGCAGCCUUGUUCAACCCUGCCAUGUUCGGACAGCCUCAACAAGGUUCUAAUAUUGACCCGGCCUCUGUCCCUCCGUUAAACCCCUUUGCACCUCAAAACAACCCAUUUCUCCAGAACCCGGAAGCCAUGGCUCGGUUCAUGCAAGCUAUGGGGGCCAUGGGAGGUAUGGGCGGUGGAGCCGCAGGUACUGAACCGGCAAAUUAUGGAGGUUUGUUCGAUCUGCUCGGUGGUGGACGUGCAGCUUCACCCCCGGACAACCGACCGCCAGAGGAACGGUACGCAACCCAGUUACAGCAACUGAAUGAGAUGGGCUUUUAUGAUUUUGAUCGCAAUGUUCAAGCACUGCGGAGAACUGGAGGAAGUGUGAAUGGCGCGAUAGAGUAUCUUCUGAACAAUCCGUGAGUGAUGGUUACGGGGAGCAUGUCAGGUUCGGUUGGCACUGAGAUGGUCUAUUGAGGGACUGUCCAGGAUGCAUUUUCCUCCAAGUUUCACGGAGUUGGUGUGGUUAUCAGCAGUUUAUGAGUUCCCCAGGCACACAAUGUACGAUUCAACAUUUUCCAUUACCUUGACCAGUGUGGAUGCAACUUGCCGCGAAGAAUGAGAGGCAUUGGAAGCCAGUAGUAGUAUGCAGCCUUCUCAGUAAAGCUCCUUCGUGAC